CUGGGAGUCCGGCUGGAAGCGCUGGAGAGCGAGUAAGAGCAAGCCAGCCGGCGUGGGUGCGGUGCUAGGUCCCGGGGCCGCGCCGUGCAAGUCACCGCAGUGGCCGUGCGCCCCGCCGCUGGCACAGGUGCGCCGCCGUGCUCCUGCUCGGAUUCGCAGAUUCCAGACCAAAAUUGAGAAAAUGGUUGACCUCACUGAGCUAAUGGAAAAUGAAGUAUUCAUGGCCUUUGCUUCUUACACAACAAUUAUUCUUUCAAAAAUGAUGUUUAUGAGUACUGCAACUGCAUUCUUUAGAUUGACAAGAAAGGUUUUUGCCAACCCAGAAGACUGUGCCAGCUUUGGCAAAGGAGAAAAUGCCAAAAAGUAUCUUCGGACAGAUGAUAGGGUGGAACGUGUACGGAGAGCUCACCUGAAUGACCUUGAAAAUAUUGUGCCAUUUCUUGGCAUUGGCCUUCUGUAUUCCUUGAGUGGUCCAGAUCUUUCUACAGCCCUCCUGCACUUCAGACUCUUUGUUGGAGCACGGAUCUACCACACAAUCGCGUAUUUAACACCCCUUCCCCAGCCAAAUCGUGCUUUGGCUUUCUUUAUAGGAUAUGGAGUUACUUUUUCAAUGGCUUACAGGUUGCUGAAAAGCAGAUUGUAUUUGUAAAGAGAAUCAUAUAACUUGUCAUCCAGUUACUUUCUAAGAAUUCUAUAAUUUCAAUUUAUAAUGAAUAGUUUGUUAGAUUCUAAGUGGGAGGGGAGCAGAGAAAUUAAGAUGGGGCCAACAGUCUGAAUAUCAACAUCACCAAUGUCCUUUAUUGUUUUAUAUUUGUGCUUGGAAUUUAAUGUAAUUCUUAAAGUCUUUUGACUCUUUAAGUGCCUUGUUGUAAAUUCUGAUUAUAAUUCAUAAUAUUCUUUCAACAUUUAAUAUUUUAAAUCUAUAAAAAGGGUGAUUGCAUGUAUGAUAAACAUAUUGUAAUAUCACUGAAUUGGGCAUAUGAAAUAAAGAAUUUAAAGAAUA